GGGCCGGGGAGCCGGCACUGUCUCUGGCCGGAGGGAAGGAAGGGGGAGCCGCGGAGGAGACGGAAGGAUAGGGAAUGUUUUGUUUGUUCUCAAACACGGGAUAUGCUGGAUCAAUGAACUGUUACUCCAGGAAGCAGAGCUGAGAGGACAAACUGAGAAGACAUUAUUGUGAUGGCAAGCAGGAAUGCAACACUCUCCCAGAAGUCUCUGAUCUAGGGAAACAUGCAAGAAAGCAACCUUUGUGACUCUUUAAACCACUGACUAUAACCCAGUCCAGGUUUGUCAGUGCCUGCUGAAAAAGACUUCUAGAACUUUAAAGCAGGCUGCAAAACUGCCCUCAGCAGGAUCCAAGAUCUUCCCAGACUCUUUACCAGCCCUACACACAAAACAAGAUGAUUGACCUAAGCUUCCUAACAGAGGAGGAACAAGAGGCAAUAAUGAAGGUGCUGCAACGGGAUGCAGAGCUUAAAAGAACUGAAGAAGAGAGAGUCAGGCAUUUACCAGAAAAAGUCAAAGACCAUGUUCAGCUGAAGAAUAUGAGUGGGCAGUGGUUUUAUGAGGCCAAGUCGAAGAGGCACAGGGAUAAGAUCCAUGGAGCAGAUAUUAUCAGAGCUUCCAUGCACAGGAAGCCUGCCACCAUUGCUGAAGUGGGUCAGAACAAAACAAGCAAAGCAAAGAUCAGCUGGGUGAACAAUGUCAAUAAAGAAGUCUUCAUGCCACCAGAUCUAAAUGGCAUUGUGGAACAUCAAGAAGAAGAACAACAGAAAACUAGUUUAAGUUCUAAAGAAGUAACCCCUGUGUUAAACAAGCUAGAGGAAAGACCUGUGAAGCCAGCAGUCUCAUCAGUAAGGCAAAGGAGAAAUCCAUUUAAUUCCAUUGUAUCAGAUGAUAAUUUGAACAGUGUGGAGUCAGAAGACAGACCAGUCAUUGUACCUCAGCUAUCAAAGAAGGAAACUUGGUCACUCUCAGAAGACAGCCCACCUAAAUCAAACUUACAAAAUGAUGAAACAGAUAAACCUGAGAAGCCUUCUGUAGGACUUACUGAUGAAUCACAGGAGGAACCAGUUAAGCGUCCUGUCCCAAAAGCUAGGAAACUAAUUCACAAAGCAGCAGAUUCUGUAUCACAAAGAGAAGACCUUGCUCCCAAACCAGCCAAGCAGACUGAGAGGAUUAAUGGCAUUGGUACCCCACCCAGGGGCAUUCUGAAGCGCAGCUCAAGCUCAAGUUCCACUGACUCAGAAGUUCGGGUCAGUCAGAUGUUAGAUGUUCAGAAAAAGAAUGGUCUUGCUACUGCAACUAUUUUUGAAGGAGAAGGUGAGAAGAAUUCUCUUACGGAAGAAGCAGAAAACUCCGCACAAAAUUCACUGGAAAAACUGAAACAAGUGAGGUUUUCAUCUAGCUCAGGUAAAGGAAAACCUCUGCAAAGCCCACAGCUACACCAUGGUAAAGAAAAAGGAGAGCAUGAUAUCUUAAGACCUGACAAAAAAAAGAAUAGUGGAAAUUAUGCUGUUCAGUCAGAUUCAUAUGGGGAUAAGCAAAUUCCUGCUGCAAAACCUUUGGGAACCUAUUCAUCAACUUUAAAAAUGAAAACAGUAGAUGGCUUACAAGAAGACACAUCUGCAUUCAGCCCUUGUGACAGUAACAGAUCAGUCUUCCCAGUUAGUGAAAGCUUCCAGACAAAUACAGCUACUCCCAAGAAACUUGAAACUUCACAGAAGACCUCCAGCAAUAUCCUGUCAAACAGCAAUAAUGAACGGAGCGUUGAUGAGACACAUGAAAAAAAACCCAGCCAAAUCUUGAGCCAUGAAUUAGAGUCACACAAAAACUUUACUGAUGGACAUCAACUUUCUGCUGAAACAGAAGCAUGUGAGGUGUUCAAUACUGAUUCUACAAGUCUUCAACAAGGUAAGACUGAUCUUGUUGAGGAGAGAGAUGCUAAAACCAUUUUCAAGCCUGGCAAGCAUGCUGAUGAACUUAUGAAAGUGGAUGAUAAAUCUGUGUCAAAAGUUUUAGACUGGUUUAAAAGAAGUUCUAGUACUGAAGAUGAGGAAGUUGUAUCAACAAAGUCCCAAGGCAGGGAGCCCAGAGAAGAAGUGGACAACGUGUCAAUCAGAACAGCAGUUCUUCCUACUGAGCAUAGUGGGCCUGGCAUGCAUGGAAAAACAGAAGAUAGAGAAGAGAGACUAUUUGGAAAGAUUAAACAACAGAGCAGAAUUUCAUCUACAUCCUUUACUUCAGAAAACAUACAGCUGAUAAAGGAGAGGGUGAAGCCUAAGACAGGGGAAGCAAAUGAGAAGCAAAAUGAUAAAUUGCUAACAGAAUUUGAUUGUACAAGAGUUAAAGAAAAAGAACAUGGUCAAGAAAUCAAACAACAAAAUAAAAAAUCAAGUCUCUUGGAACAUCAAGGGCACAAGCAACCAGCUCAGAAAUGUGAAUCGGAGAAGGCAAUACAAGAAAAAAGAAGAAUAAGGGAGAUCAGAGCAUUCUGGGAAAGGGAUAAAACUGCCCCCAGUCAUGGAGAGAAAGAAGUUAGUAUCAAUGCUGAUGCAUCAGGUGGCCGUGCAUUUACACGUCUUGGAGAAAGUGACCAACUAAAACGAUCUGCAGUGUAUCUACCUAAGGCAUUGCAUGAUCAGAGCAAGAAUACAUUAAGAAGUCCUGAACUAAGUUGUGCAAGCCACGCUUCAAGAAACAAAAGUUACCAUUCUUUGGAAUCAGGACCAGCCCAUGCAUUUGAAAAGCCAGAAGGGACACUUCAAUCUGAUGAACUCCCAAAAUCCAGUAACUUGUAUCCCAGAGCUGGUGUCACUUCAGCUUCCUCAAAAAGCAAAGACAAAGAUGAGAAGGAAACUCUUAAAGGGAAAGUUGCUGCUUUUUCCCAAGAGAAGCCCAGCUUCCAGGUUUUGUCUUUAACAGAAAAGAUGAAUGAAAAGUCCAAGAAUCAAAUUUUAGAUCCUUCACACUUCCAGAGUCUGAGAAACUUCUGGGAUACUGGAGUUAAAUUCCAGAGUAGCAUUGACAGGGAAGAUGAUUCUUUGCCAAAUAAUACUAGAUCAAUAACCUAUGAAAGAAAAUCAAAGGAAGAUAAAAAAGGCAGAGAUAAUGUGAGCAAGCAAGGGUUAAUUCAACAACAAACCCAAACAUCUGAGAGAGAAGAACCACAGAAACUAGAUUCUGAGGUAUGCAAAAAGUCUCUAGGGUCUCCUAUCCUAAAAGGUCUGAAUGUGACACACACCAAAAAUACAGGUUGUCUCCAGUUGGACAGACAACCAGUUAUCUCAAAAUCCCAGGAAAAGAUGGAUCUUCCAGAGCAAGAAGUUAGAGAAUGUACAGAAAAAAGCAUUCUUUCAUCAAAAGAUUAUAAUGUAUCCUUGCAGCUCCAGUCUCCUGGUGAUAAAGAUACUUUAAAGGAGACUGUAGUAGGUGAUAAACUAUAUUUACCUAUAGAAAAAGGGGAAAACAAGACUACUCCUUUGGAUAAAGAGGAAGUUGCAGAGACUGUGGAUAAAGUUGUUCUACCUAAAGGUUCUGAAGAAGAAUUAAACCCUGUUUUGAUGGCUUUGAAAAGGAGUGCAGAUAGGAAAAAGCCUUCCAAAAGUCUAGAGGACAUUCCUUCAGCCACCUCAAAUAAAGAAAAAAUAAAUAAACCAAAGGAAGAAUUAGUUCUUAGUGCUGAAGAUGUUUCCACAGUGACUUCACAGCCUGAUAAACCAUUUUCCAACCCUGAAAAACUCAAAGGACUGAGCAAGUCGGUACCAUCAUUCUUACAGCAAGAGAGUGAUGACAGAGAGACAGAUACAGCAUCAGAAAGCAGUUAUUCCUUUGGCAGAAUCAAGAAGAGUCCCAGCUCUCUAACCAAUCUUAGCAGCUCUUCUGGCAUGGCCUCCUUAUCCUCUGUGAGUGGCAGCCUAAUGAGCAUCUACAGUGCAGACUUUGGCAACGUGGAUGUGAAGGGGAACAUUCAGUUUGCCAUUGAUUAUGUGGAACAGCUGAAUGAGCUCCACAUCUUUAUUUGCCAAUGUAAAGACCUGGCAGUAGCAGAUGUUAAGCGACAGCGUUCAGACCCGUAUGUAAAGACCUACCUGCUUCCAGAGAAAUACAGACUGGGCAAACGGAAGACAUCUAUCAAAAAGAAAACUUUUAAUCCAGUCUAUAAUGAAAUACUGCGGUAUAAAAUUGAGAAGGAGCUCCUAAAGAAUCAAAGUCUCAAUAUCUCUGUCUGGCACAAUGAUACCUUUGGUAGGAAUAGCUUCCUUGGUGAAGUGGAGUUGGAUUUAGGAGCUUGGGUGUGGAAUGAUCCAUCCAGUAAGCAGAUCAACUGGUUUCCUCUCAAGCCAAGGACUUCAGCAAUAACUCUUAAUCUAGAAAACAGAGGGGAGAUGAAACUAGCCCUCCAGUAUGUCCCACAUCCAAUUGGAGGAAAGAAGACUCUAUCUACUGGCGAAGUCCACAUCUGGGUGAAGGAAUGCCAUAACCUCCCUCUUCUGAGAGGCAAUAGGCUCAACUCUUUUAUUAAAUGUACCAUUCUUCCAGACACCAGCAGAAAAAGUCGCCAGAAAACAAGGACGGUUACAAAAACUACAAACCCGGUAUUCAACCACACCAUGGUCUAUGAUGGAUUUAGACCAGAAGAUUUGAAAGAAGCCUGCAUAGAACUCACAGUCUGGGAUCACAACAAACUAGCGAACCACUUUCUGGGAGGCCUCCGGAUAGGCCUUGGAACAGGCAAAAGCUAUGGAACUACAGUAGAUUGGAUGGAUUCUACUUCAGAUGAAACUGCCCUUUGGGAGAAGAUGAUGAACUCUCCAAACACCUGGAUAGAAGAUAUACUACCUCUCAGGAUGCUUAUGGUUGCAAAAUUGACAAAAUAAGGUGGAUUUUUAUUUGUUAGUGUCAAAAAGAAACCUUGAGAAUUAAAUUGAAAGCAUGGGGGUGGAACUUGGAAGAGGAACACAGUAGUAGCUUUUUUGACAGUUUCUGCUCUGUUACUGUUCUGGUUUUGUGCUGUCAGAUGUCACUUUGUAUUUGAAACAUCUGCUUGCAGAUCAUUAUGUAAAUUGUAGGGAUUUUUUAAAUUUCUUAUUCACUGAAAACAACUUCAAGAAAGAAGGUGCUUACAGAACUCAGUAUUAGAGGUAGCUGUGAUAUCUGGAUGAUUGUGUUGUCUAACUGAAGCAUUGCUGAUCCCUUAAAUGAUCCAAAUAACCAGCAGAAAUACAAGAGCAAGGUCAGCUGUUUCUGUACAUUGCUUGGAUUGCUCAUGAAGUCUUACUGAUAAGACAGCAACAUUAGUGUUAAUGCUGAUUGGUAUGUAUUUGUAUCCUCAUUAUGCCAUGUUAGAUCUCACCAGCAUGGAAUAUGGGCAUGAAGAAUUUUGGUUUUUGAAAGUUCCUCUAGUUGUAAUUGUACAUUUCUAGGACAUGAAAGUUACUUCCCUGAUGAAAGAAGUGUGGCAUGGAGUGGUACUGUUGAUGUCCUAUUCUACAAGGUGCAGAGGACUUAGUUCCAAUGUACUGUAAAAAAUCAGGCUUAUAAAAGGUUUGCUUUAUAUAUGUGUUGAUCAUCUUGCUAGCAUACAAUACUUAGUCUUAAGUGCUGAAGAUGAGAAGGUGAAAUGUUUUUUAUUCCGGUGCUACUCAAAAGAAUCUAAAUGUGCUGAUUUUAGUGAUGACAAGGAUGUUGGGUAUUUAUUCUCCAAAGUGCACUUGUUUGUACCUGUAUCCAUUAGCCUGGGUUUUUUUUUUUUUUUUUUU